AACACAUGAAAGCCUGGUUGUGCAAUCCUUAAUAACUUCUCUACACACUAAUAUAUAUUGUGAUCAAGAAGCUAACCUUUAAUCUUCUGUGAACUUACUGGCUUGCAAUUGCAAUGGCGGCACGAGACAAUCCCUUGAGGAAGUUGGCAGAUGCAAUCGAGGGGCUUUCGAGUACUGUAAACUCAGAGAAUCCACACCUUAAGAUCAGUGAUGUAGUUCAGUUUGGCCGUCUCAGUACUCCUUCCAUCUUCUUCCUAGGAAUCGCUUUUAAGUUUGCGGACUUGGAGCUCCAAAGCAAGGUGGAUAAUCUUGAGGAAGCCUCGAAGACAUACGACACAGUACAGGCUUUACUGGAAGGUGAGACUGAAAAUGGAUCUGCCAAAAAUACUGGUAGUCAUUGCAGAAACCUGGUGCGGCUUAAGCGUGUAAUUGACUUGGUGAGGGUGAUGCUGGAGCAAGUUCUUGCUAGCGGGGGAAAUUCACUCGUUGAGCCAUUUACAGCAGCUUAUGAGCAAGUUUUUGCCCCAUACCAUGGAUGGACCGUUAAGAAAGCUGUGAUUGCUGCAUUGGAAGAACUUCCUUCUAAGGACCUCUUAUUUACGUUGUUAAAUGAAGAUGAUGAUUCAGUGAAGGAGCCUAUGCAAAAGUACAUUACUGCAUCAAAAGCUGUUCUGCAGUACGUGGAUAACAUCUUCCUAUCAACUGAGACAGGAGCUGAGCUGCUUAAGAUGAUCUAAUUUAAACUCCACUUUGGUAAUUUGCUUAUGAAGAAUAUAU